UAUAACCUUAACCAUUUUUAUUGUAUUAACAUUGGUCACUCCAAGGCGGAUAAGGGAUAUAUAUUAAUAUUACAAAAAGAGUUAUAAGUAUUUAUAAUAUAAAAACAAAAUGAUAUAUUAUAAACGAAAAUGUCGUUAGUCAUAAAGAUUGUUUGAAGUAAUAAAAGGAAAGACUUGUUUUCUUAGUAAAAUAAAGAAUGCUGUCACGUAUUUAGCAAGUUAUUCAUGAAAGCGAGAGGUUCGUGAAUAUUCAUAACUCAUACAAACCGAACUUGAACAUUGUUGAUGUCUGAUUACAAUGCCUGCAUUGUCAGGACCCAGUCCUGGAAAUAACAGUAAUGAAAGUAGUCCCAACGCUCAAAUUAGUAAUGAAGCCUGUGGGAUACGAGACGUGUGGGCGUUUAAUUUGGAAGAGGAGUUUAAGGCUAUUCGUAAAAUCGUCCAAGAGUACCAGUAUGUUGCCAUGGACACAGAAUUUCCUGGAGUUGUAGCACGACCAAUUGGAGAAUUUCGUAGCACAGCCGAUUAUCAAUAUCAGCUGUUACGUUGUAACGUUGACCUGCUAAAGAUUAUUCAAUUGGGUCUUACAUUUUUAGAUGAGACCGGUAAAAUGCCUUCUGGUGGAUAUUCGACAUGGCAAUUUAAUUUUAAAUUUAACUUGACUGAAGAUAUGUAUGCCCAAGAUUCAAUCGAUCUGUUAACAAAUUCUGGUAUUCAGUUCAAAAAGCAUGAAGAAGAAGGAAUUGAACCUUAUGAGUUUGCCCAGUUAUUGAUGACAUCAGGAGUUGUUCUUUCUGAAAAUGUUAAAUGGAUAUCAUUUCACAGGUAUAAGAUAAAUUAUGUUGAUAUAAAAGCUGUUUUAGGUUACUGCUUUCUGAAUACUAAAUUUUUCAUUAUUUUUACUAUAUUUUGGAAUUGAUAAUAAAAUAAUGUACAUACAAACAUGAAUAAGGUUUUAAUCUUUCAGUAAAGUUGUUUCCAUACAUUUUGUAUUUGUCAGUUACUGAAUAAUUUCCGGUGGAGGUCAAAAGUACUUGUGGAAUUUAAUAGUGACAUAACACUCGUAAAAAAAGGUUUUUCGUGGAUUGUUAUGAAUAAUUUCCUGUUUGUUUCCUUUGAUUUCCUGAUUUGAUUGCCUAUUUGUUCCCAUUGAUUCAGUAAAUAUAUAGUAAUAACACUUAAGUGUUGUGGUGUUAUUAAAAUAAACUUUAAAAAUGAGAAUGUUCGCUAGUACUUUCAGUAGCAUAAAGUUACCUUCAUCAGGCAAAAUCGAAUAUAACA